UUACCAAAUACAAAAUUUGUGAAAUGUGAAAAACAACAUGAAAAUUGUCCUGAUCAAUCACGUUUGAUAAAGUAUAUUGCUAAAUGAUAUAAAAAAAUAUAUGAAAUGAUGAAGACCGUUUCAAAGGAAACUUUAAAUGCUUUAAAAAAUAAUCAAUAUUACAUUUGGGACAGAUGUGUAAAUGAUACUAUUAUUAGGGGAGUACCAUAAAAACUGGUAUUAAUUCAGACCAAAAAUCAGUGCACUUUAUAAGCCAACGAUCAAACAUAAACAUGUAUUGCAAUCAGACAAAGACCCAACCACUUUACAAGCCAAACACACAACCCAUAUUUUACAAGCCAAAUUCAAACCCCACAUUGCGAGCCAAAGAUCCAACCCACAUUUAUAAGCCAAACACCCAACCCACAUUACAAACCAAAGACAAAACCCACAUUUUACAAGCCAACUUCAAACCCAUAUUACAAGCCAGAGACCCAACCCAUAUAACAAGCCAAACACCUGACCCUUUUACAAGCCAAAGACCCAACCCAUGUUACAAGCCAAAUACCCUACCCACAAUACAAGCCAAAUACCCAACCCACAUCACAAGCCAAAUACCCAACCCAUGUUACAAGCCAAAGACCCAACCCAUAUUACAAGCCAAAUACCCAACCCAUGUUACAAGCCAAAAGACCCAAUCUAUAUUACAAGCCAAAGACCCUACCCACAAUACAAGCCAAAUACCCAACCCACAUCACAAGCCAAAGACCCAACCCAUAUUACAAGCCAAAUACCCAACCCACAUCACAAGCCAAAUACCCAACCCAAAUUACAAGCCAAAGACCCAACCCAUAUUACAAGCCAAAUACCCAACCCACAUCACAAGCCAAAGACCCAACCCGAAUUACAAGCCAAAGAAUCCACCCAUAUUACAAGCCAACACCCAACCCACAUUAAAAGCCAAACACCUAACCUACAUGACAAGCCAAAUACCCAAACCCCUUUACAAGCCAAAAAUACCUAAUACAAAUUACAAGCCAAAUAUCCAUCCCACCUAACAAGCCAAAACGCCAUCCCAUGUAAUUUAACAAAGCCCAGUGUCUCUUGCACGGUUCAUCCCUCCCUUUCUCACCACUCAGGCGGUCCACAACAGAGGUUCUGUCCCUACUCUUAAUUGGUUAUCUCCUCAUAUCAUCAGUAUUCCUCCCCUUCCAUCAAAUCCCAAACCUCAAGUUCCACGUCCCUUCUAGAUCUACCAGGACUUGGGCAUUCUUGAGAACUCAAAUCAAUAAAGUGUUGUCAUCAGACAGGUUACAAACUCAACCUUAUCUGACAACGCUACCUCAAAAGAUUUACUCUACCACCGGCCCUGACAUUUCCAGAUAGGCAUGGCCCCUUCAGUCCGAUCAGAUCAAGUUAGUUCAGUCCACAUCAAACAAUCAGAGAUCCCCAAGAGGUUUACGGUUCCAAACAUGCGUGUCCCUUCCCUCUCACACUAGCUUGGGAAUCACCAGUCUGACAUAACUGCUCUUUGCAAUACACCAAUAAAUAUAAAAUCGCCCGUUACUAAUUUUGAAUCUCCCAAUGAUCACAAAACAAAAAACAAAAACAAAAAAAACUACAAUUUCAAAUCUCCCAUUAAAUUAAGAAAUUUAUAAGUUUUCGAAUCUCCCUAAUAAAUAUAAACUUAAAUAAUUUGAAAUCUCCCAAUUAUCUCCAUAUAACCACAAAUAAAAUAAUUUAGAAAUCUCCCAAAAAUUUAAAAAUUUAUGAAUUUUGAAAUCUCCCUUUAAUUACAAACUUUAAUAAUUUAAAAAUCUCCCCAGUAAAUAUAAACUUAAAUAAUUUUGAAAUCAUUCUAUAAUUACAGACUUUAU